AUGUACGGAUCAGACCAUUCCAUGUGCAACUUCUUUCACAAGGAUCUCAGCAACAAGAAAAUUCACAAACGGAAGACCGAUGAUGAUGAUCAUGACGGUGACCACCAGCAGCUGCAGCCCCAAUCCGUGGAAAUCCUCAAGAAACCUUCGCGCGAGAAGCUCUACUUCUUCAACUCCACUAUUGUCGAUGGGGCUUCCAACAAGAAGGGCGACUACUCCCUCUUCCGUUUCCAGUCCUCUAAAGAGAUCCAAAUUCACCACGACAGCCGCGCCACCACCACCCUCAAGACCGAGAUGGAAUUUUCCCGUGAUGGGCGGCCAGAUAUUUGCAAAGAUGACAAGGAGACUGGGUACUAUGGGUUUGGGGAUUCUUGCAUGUUCAUGAAUGAUCGCGGGGAUUAUAAAUCUAGAUGCCAGUUUGAGAAAGAAUGGGAGGAGUCUGAGAAGGCUAGGAAGAAAGGGUUGGCAAUGGGGGGUGCGGUUGGUGGCUGUGUGGAUGAUGAUGUUGAUGCUGCCAUUGAUGACGAUGAUGAGGAUAGGGAUGAGUUGCCUUUUGCAUCAUUACUUGAAAAGCAACACUACAAGAAAUAUAGGAAAAGGCAACAGAUUUUUCCGUAG